AACAAUGGUGCCGUCGCCUUGAUUAAUAAGAUAAUCGUUCUGGCACAACCCACUGUAAUUUUGGUCUCGUACGAUGGUUUCCGGCUGGGACUACGUGAAGAAAGUUCAUACUCCAAAUUUGAAUUUUAUCGAAAGUAUAGUAAUGGCAUCAAAGCGAAACACCUUCUCAAUACUUUUGUUACCAAGAGAUUUCCGAAUCAUUUCACGUUAGUUACAGGACUCUAUGAGGAAAGCCACGGGAUCGCGGCAAAUACGUUCUUCGAUCCUGUUUUCAACGACACUUUCUACUUAGAUGCCGUGUCAAAGCAUUACGGAGCGCCGGUGUGGAUCACGAAUCAAAAAGCUUUUAAGAAAAGUGCUGUGGUGUUUUGGCCUGGUUCAGAAGUGAAAAUAGAAGGCCAACACCCUACACACUAUUUACCCUAUGAUCGGUCACUUUCCUUCGAGAAACGAAUAGAUUAUUUAUGUACAAUGUUAGAGCUGGAUGAUCCUCCAAGCUUUUUGGCUGCUUAUUUUAACGAGCCAGGUCACAGUGGGCAUAAAUUUGGCCCUAAUUCACCAGAGAUUAAAUGUAUUUACAUUCGGCGGAGCUAAACGUAGUGGCAGUGACAGAGAAUAUUAAUACUUUCCUAUUGGUAUGAACGCACGUGAGCCGUUAUGGCGUUAAUUGACUCUAUUGUUGUAAGGUAUAUACGGUUUUGACAGUUGUAAUGUAUUCAUCUCAGCUCUCGAACUAUCAAAUUUUAUUUUUAUAUCUUACUUUAUUCAUCUAUCGAUUGACUUUUUACCUUUAACCCCCAGAGGUUGUGCGACCGCAUCGGUUGGGGAAUAUGUUCCCAAUUUUUUCCCAUUGGGUUUUUUGGGUUUUCGUAUCAGGCGGCGCACGUGAAUAGUUAAGCCUGAGUGACUUUAUUUAGGAUUAUUUGUAUACCAUUCUUUAGUUAUGAUGUUGAAAUUUGUAUGUUAUUUGGACGGCAUUAAACACUCAGGCUCCAUAGUUCGAGCUGCACACCCAUUCCCGUCUCUUAGUCGUGAAUAUAAAUAGGAAAAGUGUCACUGGAUAUCUGUUGGAAAGUUUACGAAAUCGCGGAUUGUUGAAUUAGGUAAGAAGAUCUAAUCUUAUUAACAGGGACCGCGCAGAGGGAGGGGCUGGGGGGGCUUUAGCCCCCCCACUUUUUUGCAAGAAUAAAAAUAAAUUAAACAAAAAAUAAUUUAACAAAAGUAACGGAGUGAAAAAUAGCAAAAAAUCGUUAAUUCGAAAGUGACCAGAGUUAUUGGCAAAGACAAACGCGCAGAUAAAUAGACACCAUUUUGUUUUGCCGUGUAAAUAUUUUGAAUAAAUAAUUAAACAAUUAUUGAACUCGGCUUUCGUAUGAUAUGAAGAUAUACAGAUCUCGGAGGGUGUUAUCCACCGGGCUCAAGCCUUCGGCUUUGGCGGAUAACCCCAUCGAUCUGCAUAACUCUUCAUAUCAUACUCAGCCUCGUGCAAUAAUUGCUCAGUACUUAUACAGCCUUGAGUUUAAGGCAGCUCAAGCAAAAUCGUUGGAUUUCUGGCUUAUUUAUAGAGGGUCGUGAAGGGGGGUACCAAAUCCCAGUUCCCAGCCUAAAUUUGGCCCAAAUCCCAGUUCCCAGGCUAAUUUUUGCCAAAAUCCCAGUUACCAAAUUUUCGGUGUGUAUAACGGCGUUAUUUGCAUUGACGUACUUGAUUUCUAGUACCAUUUUGCGAAAAACCUUUUCCGAAGCCAUUUUUAUUUUCCCUUCACAACAUCUUCCCGCCAUAUGCAAACUUGCAGAACUUGUCCGCUGACCAGGAAAACUGACAGAACGUAACUAUGCAACCGUGUAAGCCUGGUAGCGAGACCGCGGGCGCGAAGGCAAAAAAUACUGAUUUCACGGUCUCUACUGAGGAGUGCAAGGUCUAUUGCUACGAAAUUUUAUAUUUCUAUUUCAAAAUAUUGGAGCAAAGACCGCUGAAGAAAAGAAAUCCCAUUCCCAUUUUAUAAUUGUUCAUCCCAUUCCCAGUGGCUAAAUCCCAGUCCCAGUGAGUAAAUCCCAUUUUCCCAGUCCACAAUAAGGCUAAUCCCAGUUCGCAUUUUACCCCUUCACGACCCUCUUUAUAGUAAUUAAAGGUUGAUAUCAGUAGUAUAACAUAACAAUCUAUGAUAUUUCAAUUCAGUGAUGGUGAAUUUUCAGACCCGAUAGCAACAUCACUGAAGAUGUGGAAAAAAAUCAAUAGUUUUAUCGUUAUUCGCAUUCUCCGUCACUUUAGAGAAAUUGAAUAGAAAUCCACAAGCAUGCCCCCCCCGCCCCCCCCCCAAAAAUUUUCGUUCACGCAUUCUUCUUUAGCCCCCCCACUCGAAAACUUGCUGCGCGGUCCCUGAUUAAUAACAACCAAAUCAAUCUGUUUACUGUGAAAAGUUGACAUCAGCUGACGACGAUUGUUUCAUCAACAAUUAUGUACGCGAUGAUUAAGUUUAUUUAAGCUUGACUAGACUAUCGGUGUGUCAACCAUCACGGAGCCCUUCCACUCCUUGCCGUUGUGCACUGCUGGCCUGUGUCAUAAACAAAACUAAAUCUCUGGUUCAGUCUGUCUGCAUGUCUUUUGUUCUGGCUGACCCCGCUGUGUAUCAGGAUUGGAGUUCAUCGCAUGUGCUAUGAUUGACGCGUAAAGAAGCCAUUAUUGGAUCAGCCAAUCUGGUUGGUAAUUUGUUGAGUCCAUUGUGGUUCCAGAAGAAGGAUCCCAGCACUGCUUCACAGACCUCACUAACUGGAUUUAGAAUACAUCAGUGAUCCAGGAUACUUUGUGCAUGACCAGAUAAUACCCAAUGCCUAGGGUCAUUAACUACUAGAGCCAAUGGUGAUGCUCCAUCAGAUGUCAACAUGAUGGAUUUUUUGUUCAGAAUAUCCCAUUCACACUCCCAGUGAUUCUGUUACCUCUGGGUUGUGCAUCUUUGAUGCAUAAAAAUCCCUUGGAAAGAUGCAAAAUAAUUUGUGGCGUGCGUCUUGUGGGAUUCAAAUAAUUAAGGUAGAUUGUUUGAUCUGAGGAUGCUUUUGUAGAAUAUCCUGUUCGUGUGAUUUCUGUGGCUGUUUUGUUGCUUCUUUUUAACAAUGAAUAUUGUUUUGUCUUUGUUAUGCUUUACAAUAGAAGGAGUGUAUUUUUAAUUUAGUAAACCGACUACAGAGUUUUGGAGUCAGAUUAACUGUCUGAUUACAUUACGGCCCAAUUUAGAAUUCUUUGUUUUUUCAACUGGGACUCAUUGGUUCUGGACUAAGACUCAUGAUUUUUCACAAGAUGAGUCCCAGGACUCACCAUAACUCAUAACUUUUGUAACAAAAUCACUACACUCCUGGAAAUUUUGCUGAAAAACAUCUUUUAGAGCUAGUAAGUUGAGCCAUUUUCUGGUUGCUUUCCUCCAAAAAGGAGCAAAACUAGGUGGGUGCUCUCAGCACUGUGCCACCCUUGCUUCCCAACUUUCCCUUUAAAGACUGUUUAAAUCUAGAUGAAUUUUAAUGUAUAAUAACUAUAAUAGUACGCAUGCUCUCUCAUUAUUUUCUCUUAAUGUCUGUGCAUUACUAGCUGGCUGUCCAAGGGAUAUUAAAUCUGUGCUUAACUUGAUAGUGGAAAUCCUUAUAGCUUGGGUAUUACGCUCCCGCAGAAACGCCUGAUACUCAGGCUAAUAUCCUUAUGGACAUCCUUGUAAUAGUCAAUUGACAGCUGUCAAAUAGGGUAUCCACUGACCAGUGUCACAUGACUGUAUUGCUAGGUCAAGUGUACAACUCAUUGCAGUGACAUGUAUUUUUUUUAAGUUAUCUAUCUGUUGAUUUUGAUUGCAGGCUCAGGUCCCUAAUAAAAAGGCCUUAUAAUAAAUAACUUAUUUUCAUCCCUUUGGUCAAUACAGGAAAAUGUCUGACCUUAGUCUGAGAUUUCCCUGUAAUGACCGAAUGGACAGGGUUAAUAAGUGGUAGUUAUUGACUUUGGGGGGAAGUCAGCACUCCAGCAUGCGUGCUUCUAGCUUUCUUUGAAGUGCAUGCAACUUUUCAAAUUUGUGUGUUGUUGUCAAUGGUUUGUGAUGCUUGUAACAGCCAUUCACUCUUAUGAAGGCCAGUAAAGUUGGUCAAAAUAGGUGAAGGACGAAAAAAACAUACUGUUCUGCUCUUCAUUUUUGGUACUGGAUUUAUUCAUUUAUGAAGAGAAGGUCUUUAAGUAAAUGCUUGUGAUAUGUUAUAUGUAUGGUAAGAUGUAGUAACUCUUUACAUGUCCCAUAAUAUUAUUAUAAGGUAACAACUCAUGGAUCUAAAUAUAUUUCCAUUGUAUUUUUAUGACCCAUUUUAGGUAAACCUUAUUAUCACAAGCGACCAUGGGAUGGUAGAUGUCAACAACUCCCAUCUUAUCCAGCUGGAUUAUUACAUUCCAUCAGACUGA